AUGCUGGAGAGGGAGAAACGCUUCUGUAGCGGUAAGAAGAAAUUCAACAUGGAUCCUAAAAAGGACAUGCACCUGCGGAUUCUCAAAGCGUUCGUGGAGUUGCACGAGUUUUCAGAUCUUAACCUGGUCCAGGCGUUACGGCAGUUCUUGUGGAGUUUCCGUCUGCCGGGUGAAGCACAGAAGAUCGACCGCAUGAUGGAGGCCUUCGCCACACGCUACUGUAACUGCAAUGCCAACGUCUUCCAGUCCACAGACACGUGUUACAUCCUGUCGUUUGCCAUCAUCAUGUUGAACACGAGUCUGCACAAUCCCAACGUGAAGGACAAGACCUCUCUCGAGAGAUUCAUCAGCAUGAACCGCGGCAUUAACAACGGACAAGAUCUGCCCGACGAGCUUCUGACGAAUCUGUACAACAGCAUACGCAACGAACCCUUUAAAAUCCCAGAGGAUGAUGGGAACGAUCUGACGCACACAUUCUUCAACCCGGACCGAGAGGGCUGGCUGCUCAAACUGGGUAAAACCAGCUCAGAAGAGACCAGAU